AUGGUACAAACCAAGAAGUUCAGAGGCGUCCGCCAACGCCACUGGGGAUCUUGGGUUGCCGAGAUUCGCCACCCCUUACUGAAGAGAAGGGUGUGGCUCGGCACGUUUGAAACAGCAGAAGAAGCUGCUAGAGCGUAUGAUGAGGCUGCUAUUCUAAUGAGCGGUAGAAAUGCCAAGACUAAUUUCCCGGUGGUUAAAGCGCAAACAUCUGGGGAUACUAGUGACGCCACCGCCACAGCCACCACCACCACCACCACCACCUCUCCACCCUCAUCCACUGGUCUAUCGGCUAUACUAAGUGCGAAACUACGCAAGUGUUGCAAGUCACCUUCACCGUCUCUCACCUGUCUCAGGCUUGACACAGAGAGUUCUCACAUUGGGGUAUGGCAAAAAAGGGCUGGUGUUCAUUCAGAAUCUAAUUGGGUCAUGACAGUGGAGCUUGGGAAGAAUAAUUAUAAUAACAGUAACAAUAACGAGAGGGAGAUCGAUAGAGAACCUGAAGUUGAAACUCCGAUUGAUGAAGAGGAUGCAAUUGCAUUGCAAAUGAUUGAGGAACUCCUCAACACAAAUUGAUCGUAGACCCGCCAACUCUGACAGAAAGAUACU